CCACCUUCCACUUGCUUUAGCUGCCUUUUUCUUUCUUGUUCUCACCACUCAAUUAUGGUCUCUGGGCAUCUGGGUCACCACCAAUAAUCAUUCCUUCAAGUAUUCUGCAGUCUGGUAAUCCAAAACCAGUCUUUUGCAGUUUGGUGGUAUCGCGGUAAACAAACCAAUCGUCUGAAUUCCUAUUGCAAAGCAACAGUCAAAACAGAUAUGGCGGACGCACUCCUCUCGGCUUCGCUCAACGUUCUCUUUGAUAGGUUGGCUUCUCCAGAGCUCAUAAACUUCAUUCGGCGACGGAACCUUAGCGAUGAACUCCUCGACGAGUUGAAGAGGAAACUAGUGGUGGUUCUCAAUGUGCUCGAUGAUGCGGAGGUGAAGCAAUUUUCAAACCCAAAUGUCAAAAAUUGGCUGGUCCAUGUCAAGGAUGCUGUGUAUGAUGCGGAAGACCUGUUGGAUGAGAUCGCUACCGACGCUUUGCGGUGCAAAAUGGAAGCUGCUGACUCCCAAAUCGGUGGGACUCAUAAGGCAUGGAAAUGGAACAAGUUCGCUGCUUGUGUUAAGGCUCCAACUGCUAUCCAAAGCAUGGAGUCCAGGGUCAGGGGCAUGACUGCUCUACUAGAAAAAAUUGCACUAGAAAAAGUUGGGUUCGUGCUGGCAGAAGGUGGGGGUGAGAAAUUGUCACCAAGACCAAGAUCACCAAUAUCCACUUCGUUGGAGGAUGAGUCCAUUGUGCUCGGCAGGGAUGAAAUUCAGAAGGAGAUGGUGAAGUGGUUGCUUUCUGACAAUACAAUAGGCGAAAAAAUGGAGGUGAUGUCCAUAGUGGGCAUGGGCGGCAGCGGCAAGACCACGCUUGCUCGGCUUCUCUAUAACGAUGAGGGAGUGAAGGAACACUUCCACUUGAAAGCAUGGGUCUGUGUUUCCACUGAGUUUCUUCUUAUCAAGGUCACCAAAACAAUUCUUGAGGAAAUCGGUUCUAAAACUGAUUCUGACAAUCUAAAUAAGCUUCAGCUUGAACUCAAAGACCAACUUAGUAACAAGAAAUUUCUGCUUGUUCUCGAUGACAUCUGGAAUUUGAAGCCUCGUGAUGAAGGUUAUAUGGAGCUUAGCGAUCUUGAAGGUUGGAAUAGUCUACGAACUCCACUCCUCGCUGCAGCACAGGGAAGCAAGAUUGUCGUGACCAGUCGUGAUCAAUCUGUUGCAACAACCAUGCGUGCAGGCCGCACUCAUCGUCUGGGAGAAUUAAGCCCUCAACAUUGUUGGAGGCUUUUUGAAAAGCUUGCAUUUCAAGACAGAGACUCCAAUGCAUUCCUUGAGCUUGAACCCAUAGGUAGACAGAUUGUGGACAAGUGCCAAGGAUUGCCUUUGGCUGUAAAAGCACUCGGUCGUCUCUUGCGCUCUAAGGUCGAAAAAGGGGAAUGGGAGGAUGUCUUCGACAGUGAAAUAUGGCAUCUGCCAAGUGGUCCUGAAAUUCUUCCAUCUUUGAGAUUGAGCUAUCAUCAUCUUUCUCUACCUCUAAAGCAUUGUUUUGCAUAUUGUUCAAUUUUUCCCCGGAACCAUGAAUUCGACAAAGAGAAGCUGAUUUUAUUAUGGAUGGCAGAAGGCCUUUUACAUCCACAGCAAGGCGACAAAAGAAGAAUGGAAGAGAUAGGUGAGUCAUAUUUUGAUGAGCUUUUGGCAAAGUCAUUUUUCCAAAAAUCUAUUAAAAAAAAGUCAUACUUUGUAAUGCAUGAUUUAAUACAUGCAUUGGCUCAACAUGUGUCUGAAGUUUUUUGUGCUCAAGAAGAAGAUGAUGAUAGGGUACCAAAAGUAUCUGAGAAGACUCGUCACUUUUUGUACUUUAAAAGUGAUUAUGACCGAAUGGUUACAUUUAAAAAGUUUGAGGCUAUUACCAAAGCUAAAUCUCUUCGCACAUUCUUAGAGGUAAAGCCAUCACAAUACAAGCCUUGGUAUAUCUUGAGUAAAAGAGUUUUGCAAGAUAUAUUGCCAAAAAUGCGGUGUCUACGCGUGUUGUCAUUACGUGGAUAUAACAUAACUGAUUUGCCUAAAUCGAUAGGUAAUUUAAAACAUUUGCGUUACUUGGAUCUAUCUUUCACAAUGAUUCAAAAAUUACCUGAAUCAGUAUGUUAUUUGUGCAAUUUACAAACGAUGAUACUAAGAAGAUGUUCAUGUCUUAAUGAAUUGCCUUCAAGGAUGGGGAAAUUGAUUAAUUUACGUUAUCUUGAUAUUUUUAGAUGUGAUUCAUUGAUAGAUAUGUCAACUUAUGGCAUUGGUAGAUUAAAAAGUUUACAAAGAUUGACUUAUUUUAUUGUGGGCCAAAAGAAUGGAUUAAGAAUUGGAGAAUUGAGGGAGCUUUCAAAGAUUCGAGGAACACUUCAUAUUUCAAACGUAAAUAAUGUGGUGAGUGUUAACGAUGCAUUACAGGCUAAUAUGAAGGAUAAGAGUUAUCUUGAUGAGUUAAUCUUGAAUUGGGAAUCUGGUUGGGUUACAAAUGGUAGUAUUACACAACAUGAUGCUACAACUGAUGAUAUACUCAACAGUUUACAACCUCAUCCAAAUUUAAAACAACUCUCCAUCACAAACUAUCCUGGUGCAAGAUUUCCAAAUUGGCUUGGAGAUUCUUCAGUACUCUUGAAUCUCUUGUCUCUUGAGCUUCGGGGUUGUGGCAAUUGCUCAACACUGCCACUACUUGGGCAGCUAACCCAUCUUAAAUAUCUACAGAUCUCAGGAAUGAAUGAAGUAGAGUGUGUGGGUAGUGAGUUUCAUGGGAAUGCUUCCUUUCAAUCCCUAGAAACACUAUCAUUUGAGGAUAUGUUGAAUUGGGAGAAAUGGUUAUGUUGUGGAGAAUUCCCUCGUCUCCAAAAGCUUUCUAUACAGGAGUGCCCUAAACUCACUGGGAAAUUACCAGAACAACUUCCUUCAUUGGAGGAACUUGUAAUUGUUGAAUGUCCGCAGCUGCUUAUGGCUUCACUCACUGCUCCUGCUAUUCGUGAAUUGAGAAUGGUGGAUUUUGGUAAAUUGCAGUUGCAAAUGCCAUCUUGUGACUUCACAGCUCUUCAAACUUCAGAAAUUGAAAUUUCAGACGUAUCUCAGUGGAGGCAACUUCCAGUGGCACCACACCAGCUCUCAAUUAUAAAAUGUGAUUCUAUGGAGUCUCUACUAGAGGAGGAAAUCUUGCAAAGCAACAUUUAUGAUCUGAAAAUCUAUUAUUGUUGUUUCUCUAGAUCUCUGAACAAAGUUGGUUUACCAGCUACAUUGAAAUCACUAUCAAUCUCUAAUUGUACCAAAGUGGACCUUCUUCUACCUGAGUUGUUCGGAUGCCAUCUCCCAGUCCUUGAGAGGCUAAGCAUCGAUGGUGGUGUUAUCGAUGAUUCUUUCUCAUUGUCCUUCUCAUUAGGCAUCUUCCCAAAGUUGACUGAUUUCACAAUCGAUGAUCUUGAGGGGCUUGAGAAGCUCUCCAUUUCAAUUUCAGAGGGAGAUCCCACGUCUUUAUGUUCCUUGCAUCUAUGGAAUUGCCCUAAUCUUGAAACUAUCGAAUUGUUCGCUCUCAACUUGAAGUCUUGUUGGAUCUCUAGUUGCUCCAAGCUCAGGUCGUUGGCACACACGCACUCGUAUAUACAGGAGCUGGGUUUAUGGGAUUGUCCAGAAUUGCUGUUUCAGAGAGAGGGUUUGCCUUCCAACCUACGUCAACUUCAAUUUCAAAGUUGUAACAAACUCACGCCGCAGGUGGAAUGGGGUUUGCAAAGGCUGAACUCUCUUACAUUUUUAGGAAUGAAAGGUGGAUGUGAAGACAUGGAAUUAUUUCCCAAGGAGUGUCUGCUGCCCUCUUCUCUGACUAAUCUUUCAAUCUGGAAUCUUCCAAAUCUCAAGUCUUUUGACAGUAGGGGGCUUCAACGACUUACCUCUCUUUUAGAAUUAAAGAUCAUAAACUGCCCAGAGCUCCAGUUCUCGACAGGGUCGGUUCUCCAACACCUUAUCGCUCUCAAAGAAUUACGAAUUGAUAAAUGCCCAAGGCUCCAAUCCUUGAUAGAAGUGGGCCUUCAACACCUCACCUCUCUUAAAAGAUUGCACAUCUCCGAGUGCCCUAAGCUCCAAUACUUAACAAAACAGAGAUUGCAAGACUCCUCGAGUCUUCCACACCUCAUCUCUCUCAAACAAUUCCAAAUCGAAGAUUGCCCGAUGCUCCAAUCCUUGACAGAAGAGGGUCUUCAACACCUCACCUCUCUUAAAGCAUUAGAGAUCAGAAGUUGUCGCAAGCUCAAAUACUUGACAAAAGAGAGACUUCCAGACUCCCUCUCUUAUCUGCAUGUCAACGGGUGUCCUUUACUGGAACAACGGUGUCAAUUUGAGAAAGGGGAAGAAUGGCGUUAUAUAGCUCACAUUCCAGAAAUAGUGAUCAACCGUGUGCUAUUUUAAUGGAUGUGGUACUCCACCAAUAUACAGCAGCAGCUUGCACUGAUUGGGAGUCCAUGCCAAAAAAAGGCUGGUCUAUUGUAUGCUAACCAAGUGGACAUCUUCAGAAGGUCUUGAGCCCAAACAAUACCAGCCCCUUCUGAGGGACAACAAUAUCAAGUCUCUUAGGACCAAAAAUGGUCAUCACAACAGACUAGCCACAGAUGCAAGUUCUGGCCCUGAAACUUGGGGUUUUGAAUAUCUUUCCCCGAUUUCCAUGGACUAAUCGUUGGGUUACAAAUAUCUAAAUGCAUUAGUUGGACAAUUGAAUGGCGGUUUCAUUCAACAGUGUUGUUUUACCAGGCCACGGAAUAAAUUGAGAACUGUCUAAAGCCUGGGCCAUGGAAUAAUCAUAAGCUCAAGCCUUUCUGUGCAGCGCAGGUGCCAGCUGGGCUCUGUCAAAUUUUCCAUUCCUAAAUAUCCAAAGGUGACUUUUCCAAGGAAGUGGAAUCUGAAGAAAGGAAAGAUUGUUCUGAUUUUUUGGUGGAGUUUUGCCUGUGGAGGAAUCAGAGGAAGGGGUGAUUCCUGGGUGCUGAACAGUUGAUGCUCACUGCUCUGUUCAAGAAGAAUAAGACACUCAGAGUAGAAGGGUAUUCCAUCUCCCUGGGAUUUUCUCUAAAAAAUUUUGAUAUUUCAUUUACUCAUCUGGGUUGAGCUCUACAAUUAUGGUAAUGGUUAUGAAGCAAAGUACUCAAAUUCUCUGCACAUGACACACUUCCAUUUGGGUAGAGCCUAAGGAGGCUAUGGAUUGUGGGUGCAGGAUCUCCAUCACAAUGUGAUCAAUGCCAAUGUUUUUGGUUAAAACUGCAGUCUCUGUUGGUGGGGUUUCUCAAAGUACUGAAAUAGCCUACCUUCUUGAUCAUCAUCAGAUAUCUUGGAGCAUCAGCACUUGCUGUUAUAGUUAUUUAUGGUCUUGUCAUUUCUGUUAGAUAUCUACUUGUAUGUGUGAGUUUUGAUUCUUGUCAAAGGCAAAAGGAAAAGCAGAAGCUGAAGCUGAAGAUAUCAUGCACAAGAACAGGGGAAUUUUCAUUGAAACUAAUCCAAAUUGUGGUACUCAAUGGUCAAGUCAUUUUGUUUCUCUCCAGUGUAAACUUUCUCUACAAUGAGUAUGAAUCAUCUAUGCAUUAAUCACUUGAAGAUAUA